AUGCGGGGCGGACUGGGCGAGAGCGUAGCGUCGGCUCCCGUACUUUCCUAUUACUUAUCCCCUACGGCUAUUCAUCAUUCAUUGCGCUCAUGCGGCAAAAUUCAUGCACCUACGGGCUCUGCCAACGGAACAGCGUCUAGUGGUAGCGAGCGUUGUCUGAAUUCAGGCAGUCGUUGCCCCGUCGUCUUCGUCUGCUUUGAUCGCUUCGAGCAGAAAAGCAAGCGAAAGAACUCAAGCAGUCAAACAUUACGCGACCUCAGUACGUCAGCGGUCCAGUGGAAAUACGACACCAAGGCGAUCGUCACUUACCGUUCAACGAGGCACGUGGGCGUGGUUCACAUCGGUAAGUGCGACGGUUUUGUGACAUCGUCUAUACGGGGUGCCUGCCGUUGUCAGAAACGCGGCGUGCGGCCUUUGUCUGCUUCAGUGAUCCUCAGCUUUGAUGCUGAGUCCGAUUUUCCGUCGGACGUCUAA